AGUCGUCAGUGUGAGACACGGCUCCGUGGUGGGCGGUGCGAUCAUGGGCUGCUGCUUAUGGAGGUUGCUUUGGUGCUAUCAUGUUGUCUCACUGCACUGCUUCUCUACCUUAACACACUUCAGGCUGAGUUUGCCUACGAUGACAGUCGCGCGAUCAAGACAAACCCCGACGUGCUCCCAUCUUCCCCCAUCCUGCAGCUCUUCUUAAACGACUUUUGGGGGACACCCCUCACCCACAGCGGCUCCCACAAGUCCUACCGUCCCCUCACCGUCCUAUCAUUCAGGCUCAACUACCUGCUAGGUGGGUUCGAGCCCCUAACGUACCACGCGACGAACGUCCUCCUGCACGUCCUGGCGACGUUCCUCUUCGCGACGCUGACGAAGGCCAUCGCGCCCCCUCAGGCGCGGGUGUUCGGGGCGGCGGCGCCCUUGCUCUUCGCCGCCCACCCCGUCCACACAGAGGCCGUCGCGGGCGUCGUGGGGCGGGCGGAUGUGGGCGCUGCCAUCUUCCUGCUGCUGGCGCUUAUAUCCUACAUCAGACACUGCAGAGGGGGAUCCUACAGAGGGAGACUCUGUAAAGGAAGCGCGUGCAAAGGAAGUAGCCGCUCCUGCAGCGACUCCUGCAGCAGCAGAGCUCCCUUACCAGGCAGGGGACCGUCGGGCACCAAUCAGACGUCAGGUCGUCCAUCCUUCCCCCCCGCUGGUCCCAGAGUCCCUCAUGCCCCGGGACGCGCUCCCCCAUCACAAGGGACCCACUCACCCGGCCCGUCCCUCAUAACGUCCCUUCCCUCCGGGACCCCUCCUCCGCUGGGCAGUAACGGCCCCCAGACCUCAUACAGACCCCAGUGGACCAUCCCCCGGUGGGGGUGUGGGCCCUACCUGUGGGUGGCUGUGCUGUGCUCGACGCUGUCCAUGCUGUGCAAGGAGACCGGCAUCGCGGCACUGGGACUGUGCGCUGUGCACCGCCUCUGCCUGCACAGCCGCGCCCGCAUCACCGACCUACCGCGUCUUCUGCGUCAGGGCCGCGACCACCCCACCCUAUGGGGUAACUUGGGUGUGCUGGGGGUGAGUGGGGCUGUGCUGGUGGGCGCCCGCCUCCUGAUCAUGGGGUCGCUGCCCCCCGAGUUCUCCCCAGCAGACAACCCCGCGGCAGACUGCGACGAUGGCCUCGUGAGGACACUAACGUUCCUCUUCCUCCCCGCCUUCAACUUCUGGCUGCUGCUGUGCCCCACGAGGCUCAGCUUCGACUGGUCCAUGGGCGCCGUGCCUCUUGUGGCCUCAGCCUCCGACCCCCGUAACCUGGGCACCCUGCUCUUCUAUGGGUGUCUGGGGGCAUUAGGCUUCAGGUAUCUCUCUGGAUGGGGGAGAAGUGUCCCCAGGAGAGGGGGAGGUCCUAAUAAUGGGGAAAGUUCAGAGGAAGACGUGGUGAUCUUGGGGCUAGCCCUGCUGGUGCUCCCCUUCAUCCCCGCGACUAACCUCUUCUUCUACGUGGGGUUCGUUGUAGCCGAGCGUCUUCUCUACAUCCCCUCGAUGGGGUUCUGCCUUCUAGUCAGCUGGGGAAUAGAGAUGAUGCUCUCACGGACCAGGUCCCCUAUGGGGAGGCGUCUCCUCAAGGCUGGGGUUGUGCUGCUGUUUGUGGUGCACGCGACUAAGACCUGGCGACGCAACUUCGACUGGCGGACCGAGGAACAACUGUACCGCUCCGGCAUACCUAUCAACCCGCCUAAAGCGUACGGUAACCUGGCCAACAUCUUGAGCGCGCGGGGCCAAAAGGCGGAGGCGGAAUGGGCCUACAAGCGGGCCCUGGCCCACCGCUCCAACAUGGCGGACGUCCACUACAACCUAGGUAUCCUGCUGCAAGAGCAGAAGAGGCACGAGGAGAGCGUCAAGGAGUACGCGCUCGCCAUACAGUACCGCCCUAGGAUGGCGAUGGCACACCUGAACCUGGGUCUAGUCCUGGGUCUGCUGGGUCGGCAGCAGGAGGCUGAGGAGGUCUACCGUCAGUGUGCUGAGCUGGACGGGUCCGGUCUAAAAGACCCUCGGACCCACGAGGCCACCAAGAUAUCGGCCCUCUUCAACCUCGGCCGCCUAUACGCCGACGAUGGCCGCUACGAGCGGGCCAUUGAGGUCUACUUGGAGGCCGUGAGGCGCAUGCCGGCACACUACACGCCUCAGAGCCUCUACAACAUGCUGGGUGAGGCCCACUUCAAGCUGGGGCGGGUGGGUGAGGCCGAGCGUUGGUACGAAGAGGCGCUGCGGGCCAAGCCUGACCACGUGCCAGCCCACCUCACCUACGCCAAGCUGCUCGCCACACAGGACCGACUGGACGAGGCCGAGGUUUGGUUCAAGAAAGCCCUGAGCCUCGCCCCCACCGACCCCGCCGUCCACCAGCACUACG